UUCAUCUUGCCUUCGUGUCUCGAAUUCUGCUUUUCUUCAAAACGGAAACAUAUCAUCAUGUCGGAGCAGAAAGUCGAGGAGCAGAUUGCUUCGACUGGAGGAGGAGCACCGAGUGACAUCAACGCCGCACCAGUCGAAACUUCAGUCAAUGAACCGACUGUAAAUGGAAACCCUGCGACUGAAGCAGUAACCUCUUCCUCAGCCCCAGCAACUUCUGAACCCGCCGCUACGGAAACCAGCAAGACAGACGCAGACCUACCUACGAAGAAACUCGUCAAAGACGUCACUGGGCGAGAGAAGAAAAGCACACUAAGUGGAAUUCUCAAGAAACUUAUGUUUUGGAAGAAGGAUAAGAAGAAGCCUGCGGAAGCAGAAGCUGAGGCUGUGACUGGAGGUGCUACGACUGCAUAAGAAAUGGAUGUGAGCGAGCGUGCUUUUGAGCGGGAUACCCUGAAAGACAUAAGACACAUGGCGGAUUGUGAGUGAGUGGAGGAAGUAAUGUAAUGUGUAGUGAAUGCAUUGGAUACCCAACCCUUGAUGUGACUGCGUAUGAUAAGUGUUUUGUUUCAAGAUUCGCAUGUUGAGACUUUUGCAGGUUCUUCUUGAGAUCUCUAGAAUGAGCACCUAUGUGUAGUAGCACCCUCUUAUUCAAUUGCUCGGAUUCUCUCACUCGCCCUGCUCCAACUCAUCCAGCUGAUUCAAAAGCUCCAGCUCUCUCUUUCGAAUCUUAAGCAUCUCCAGAUCACGCUCGAUUCUAGCUCUCUUCGAGCUCGAGCUCCCACGAUGGUGUCCAGAGCUAGAUGAUGAGAGCUCGUGCGAAGAAUUUGGAGAUUCUUGAUUUGACGUCUGGGGUGAAGGUGCAGUUACAGCAAACUUCUCCGUCUUGAUGACUUGUGGGAGGAACUCUUCGUCGUCCUCAUCCUCGUCGUUGCAGUCAUAGAGUUUGCGCUUGAUCGCAGCCGAUGGUGGCAUUGGCAAGCGGGAUAGAGUUUUCAGCCGGAGAUCAUCGCGGCCCAGGCCGCGAAGGCUCUGCUUGCCUUUGCUUCGCGCUUUCGGUGCAGUCAAUCUCUUCGAGCCUUGAAUGUCGGUCUUAGAACCUUGUUUCGACUUGCUCGCAGCAGCAUCGGACAGGAUGGCGGUGCCCGAUACUUCGUUCUCGGAGCCGCAUAGUGAUAUGUCAUCUUCCUCGUCGUCCUCGUCGUCCUCAUCCGAAGACUC